UUUUUUUAUUCUCUGCGAGUUCCCUAAUUCCGAAAAGCGACGCUUCGCUUUCUUUUUUCAGCUCUGCGGUUUCUAUAUCUAUAUCGGCAAUUGUCCAGUGUUGAGAAGAAAAUAACAAUUCUGGGUGCAUUUGGUUGAAACAGGAGUUUGUGGAUUUGUAAAAGAUUGUGUGGUAGAGUGAAACUCAGAUUUAAAAAAGAGAAGAAAUACUAUCAGGGGUUGAUACUCAAUCUGUCUGUUACGUGGAGUUCUCAAGCAAUUUAAGAAUAUUUGAAGUACCAGUUGUGUCAGGCUCUGGUCAGUUACAUAGAUUCCAGUCACCAAGGGGGCUGCCCCCUAUGACACCUUUGCGAGUGGCAGGUGGAUUAACCCAAUCAUCAUCAAAUUCUGGAAUUUUCUAUCAAGGAGAUGGGCAGUCACAGAAUGUAGUUAACUCUCACUUAAGCUCAUCUUUUGUUAACUCGUCUAGCACGGUUUCUGGAGCUUCUCGUUCAAACCUGGGUCCGGUUUCUGGGGAUAUGAAUAAUGCAGUUUUGAACAGUGUGGCAAACUCAGCACCAAGUGUAGGAGCCAGCUCUUUAGUUACAGAUGCAAAUUCUGCACUCUCUGGUGGCCCACAUUUGCAGAGAAGUGCCAGCGUUAACACAGACUCAUACUUACGAUUACCUGCCUCACCUAUGUCAUUUACAUCAAAUAAUAUCAGUAUUUCUGGAUCAUCAGUGAUGGAUGUUUCCUCUGUAGUACAACAGAGCUCUCAUCAAGAUCAGAAUGUUCAACAAUUGCAGCAGAAUCAGCAGCAGCCACAGGGUGCUUCAAGUGCUAUGUCUUUGUCUGCAUCUCAAACUGGCCCUUCUAUGCUCCAAAUGGGUGCACAAAUCCCAGGAUCUUUCAUUCAAGAUCCAAAUAAUAUGUCUCAUCUGUCAAAGAAACCUAGAAUGGAUAUCAAACAGGAAGAUAUGAUGCAGCAGCAGGUUAUACAACAGAUUCUUCAGAGACAAGAUUCCAUGCAAUUCCAGGGUCGUAAUCCCCAGUUACAGGCUUUCCUUCAGCAGCAGCAGCAGAGACUGAGACAACAACAAAUGUUUCAGCAAAUGCCACAAUUACACCGAGCACACUUGCAGCAGCAGCAACAACAACAACAAAUGCAAUUGAGGCAGCAGCAGCAGCAGCAGCAACAACAACAACAACAACAACAACAACAACAACAACAACAACAACAACAACAACAACAGCAACAGCAAGUGAUGCAGCCCUCUUCUGUGGUCAAGCGUCCAUAUGACAGUAGUGUUAGUGGGGUAUGUGCCCGUCGAUUGAUGCAGUAUCUCUAUCAUCAAAGGCAACGACCAAAUGAUAAUAGUAUUGCCUAUUGGAGAAAAUUUGUGGCUGAAUAUUACUCUCCUCGUGCAAAGAAACGGUGGUGCUUGUCAUUAUAUAGUAAUGUUGGGCAUCACGCACUUGGUGUUUUUCCCCAAGCAUCUAUGGAUGCAUGGCACUGUGACAUAUGUGGUUCUAAAUCUGGAAGGGGAUUUGAGGCAACUUAUGAAGUAUUACCUAGACUUAAUGAAAUCAAAUUUGGCAGUGGAGUAAUUGAUGAACUAUUGUUUCUGGACAUGCCACGUGAAAUGAGAUUCGCUUCUGGUGCGAUGAUGUUAGAAUAUGGAAAAGCAGUUCAAGAGAGUGUAUAUGAGCAGCUUCGUGUUGUUCGUGAAGGUCAACUUCGUAUCAUAUUCACUCAAGACUUGAAGAUAUUAUCUUGGGAGUUCUGUGCAAGGUGCCAUGAGGAACUUCUUCCUCGAAGGUUGGUUGCACCACAGGUCAACCAGUUAGUUCAGGUAGCUAAAAAAUGUCAAAGUACAAUUGCUGAAAGUGGUUCUGAUGGGGUUUCUCAACAAGACAUCCAAACAAACAGCAACAUGUUGUUGACAGCUGGGGGUCAGCUUGCGAAGAUUUUGGAGAUGCAAUCGCUAAAUGAGUUGGGCUUUUCUAAAAGAUACGUGAGAUGUUUGCAAAUUUCGGAGGUUGUCAAUAGCAUGAAAGACCUAAUAGAUAUCUGUGCAGAUCACAAAAUUGGUGCCAUUGAGAGUUUGAAAAAUUUUCCUCGUCUAGCAACAGCCUCAAAGGUCCAGAUGCAGAAGAUGCAGGAAAUGGAACAGCUAGCAAAUGUUCAAGGUCUGCCAACUGAUCGAAACACACUCAAUAAGCUAAUGGCACUGAAUCCUGGAUUGAACAACCAUAUAAACAACCCUCAUAAUAUGGUUAAUCGUGGUGCUUUGAGUGGGUCAGCCCAAGCUGCUUUAGCACUGAACAACUACCAAAAUCUUCUCAUGAGGCAAAAUUCAAUGAACUCUAGCCCUGGCUCACUUCAGCGCGAAGGGUCCUCUUUCAAUAAUUCAAACCAGAGUCCAUCUUCAGCUUUGCAAGGAGCUGGUCCUGCUUUAAUUCCAGGCCCAAUGCAGAAUUCAUCUGUUAGUGGUUUCCCAAGCCCCCGUCUACCCCCACAGCAGCAGCAACACCACCUACAACAGCCCUCAUUAAGUGCAAAUGCUUUACUGCAACAAAAUCAUUCACAGGGUUCCCAAGGAAAUCAAGCUCUGCAGCAGCAGAUGAUCCAUCAACUACUGCAGGAGAUGUCAAAUAACAACGGGGGAGUGCAACCACAGUCUCUUGGUGGACCCAGUGCAAAUAUGGCAAAGAAUGCACUGGGGUUUGGGGGCCAUUAUCCAUCCUUAAGUGGAGGUUCUGCCAAUGUUACAGGAAACAAUGGACCUAUGUCAAGGAAUAAUAGCUUCAAAACAACUGCAAAUAGUGAUUCUUCUGCUGCUGGUGGCAACAAUGGAUUAAACCAGAGAACAUCUGAGAUGCCACAAAAUCUACAUUUGCAAGAUGUGGUUCAGGAUAUUGGCAAUGAAUUCACGGAUAAUCCCUUCCUUAACAGUGAUCUUGAUGAUAACAUGGGUUUUGGCUGGAAGGCAUGACUAACACAAUCUUGGACAUGAAAUCGGCAUAUCAUGUGUUGAUGAAGUGUUUAUCUUAUUAUCUUUGUACAGGACACUUUAAAUAGAUGCUGUUUUUUUCCUUGUUUUUCCCUGUUAUUUUCUUGAUGGAAUUUGUUUGGACUCGGACUCGGACUCGAGUAGGUUUUUAGAGAUUUUAUUUGAGGGUUUUUGUCCUGCAAGUGUAAUCUAUUGGACAAUUUAAUGAACAGUUAGUUUAUUAUACGGCACUCACAUUUCGUGGCAA